AUGGUCGUCUGCCUUGCAUGUGCGGACAUUAAUCAAGCUGCUCCCUCCCCAUCCGCAAUCCUCUCCCACACUCCCCUAACCUCCCUCAGGUUCGAGGAGCCUCAGGUGUUUUCAGAGCUCCAAUCAGAAAUCGCAUUAGACCUUUUCAUCCCGGACGGCAACUGGCAAAUCAAGCUCGACGCGCCGGGCGGCGGUGUUCGGGGGAUAGUGCAAGUGGUCGGCGCACUCAGUGGCAACGCCACCCUGCAACGAACCAACGGCAGGGGCGGCCGAACCAGCGCCCGAGGCUCAGCAACAGGCUGGGGGACGGCCUGGAGCGUGUCAGGCAACGGGGGAGAAUCAGGGGGGGUGGUGGAUACAACGUUAGCCCAGCUUACAGACUUGGGAGCGAGUAAAGACGUAGUGGUAACAUGGGGUGGGUGUGCGACGAGUAAGACAACAGUGGCGAACGGGCGUUCAGCAGUGCUGGCUAAGAGGCUGUAUGGGUGUAGGGAGACGUGUGCUGCUAUGGCAACGUGUGUGCUGGGCGCGUGUGAGAACGUGGGGGUGGAAGAGGCGUCGGGAGUGUUUGUGGACUGUGCGGUUGUGUGCAACAUGGCGCCCUUUACCAUCACACAGUACAGCAACUGGACAUGCGUUCAGAUGCUACGGACCACCACCACCGUCCUGAAAAACAUCAACUGCUCAGUGAACGCCACAUAUGUGAAGGCAUUAAGAGGAAACGCCAGCAGCAGCAGCAGCAGCUCUAACUCCAGCAACAGCAGUGCGCAUGUGACAUCCCACCAGCGGCGGUUGCUGCAGCUGGUUCGAGGGCAACCACCACAGAUACCAUCACUGCAGAGGCAAGCACAAGGGCAUGUGCAGACACCGAUGAGCUUAAGCACGACUUCUCCCUUAGAGGCGACUCUGGUUCGAGGGCUGGCAUCGCAGACACCGCCUCUGCAGGGGCGAGCACAGGGGCACGUGCAGCGACAGAUGAGUCUGAGUCAGACUGUUCCUUUAGAAGUGCCACGUGCAGAGGGGAAACCGCAAGGGAACGUUCAGGUGAAAAUAGAGGAGCGAGCUCAUGUGGAAUCACAGGUGCGAGCUCAGGGGAAGAUACGCUCUGCUGCAAGAAAGCGGACCGCGGGACGAAUGCUGGGCGUUUUCGGGGGAUCGAAUGGAGAUGUUUCGCUGCCACGCCACCACCACCCCCUGUGGCAUGUGAGGCGCGAUGCCCCCAUGGAGGGCACGAGAGAAGGGGUAGAGGAGGGAGAAAAAGAUGUGGUGGUGUUAAAGGCGCAGGGAGGGACAGCAGCAGAAAAUGGGGAGGGUGGGGCGGCAGCAGAAGCAGCAGACGAGGUGGGGUUAGCAGCACGAGUGGGGGAAGAGGAGGCAGAGGAGGAAGAGCAAGAAGGGGAAGCUGGGGAAGCAGAGGAAGGAGCAGAUAGCGGCUUUAGUGUGUGGACCGACAGCAGUAGCAGCGCAGGCAGCAUUGGACACGUAGAGAGCGUGGAGACAGUGCCAGCAUCCAACCCUUCACUCCACCCGUUCUCUCCGCCCCCACCCCUCUUCCUCCCUCUUCGUUUCCUCUCUCCAAACCCUUCCAAUACACCAGCAGUGCCAGCGCCCAGCCCACUAGCACCGACGGCAACAGCAGCAGCAGCAGCAGCAGCGGCGGCAGCAUCGGCAGCAGCAGCUGCUGCUGCUGCGGAUACCACCACCCCUACCUCCACUUCUGAUAACACUGCACAGUUAGUCGCACAGGCGAUCACAGACACACAAGCAAUCUCACAGGGAGGCGCACAGACAGUCACAGGUGCACAAGCAGUAUCACAGGCGAACACACAGGCAAUCACAGGCGCACAGGCAAUCACAGACGCGUGGGCAGCUCUAGGCCCCACGGAGCGGCAGCGGUGGUUCAACCUGCGAGUGGCUGUCAGCCGCGCGCUCUUCUCCUGGGUGGGGGACGCCUGCCUUGCAAACGUCUUCUCUGCCGUGUCUCUCGAUGCUGCCACCCGUGCUCGUGUUUCUGCCUUGUUCUGUGCUCUGCUGCACAGCCCGGGGGAAGCGCAGGGUGGGCAAGGUGUUGCUGCUGGAGCUUCUGGUGCUUCUGAUGGUUCCCUGCUUGGCAGCAGUUUGUUCAGCAGCAGCGAUGUGAUUGGAGGUGGUUCAUUUGACGUGGCAGCAGUGGGAGGGAACGGAUGUGUGCUCGGCCCGUUCACCUCUGUGGAUGGAUCCAUGGCUGCUGCUGCUGCUCACUUCGCCUUUCACGGCUUCCCUCCUGCUCCUCCUCCUGCUUUCAACACCACUAACACCAAUGGGACUGCUUCUAACGGAGCUGCUUCUAAUGGGACUGCUUCUAAUGAAACCGCUUCUUCCGUCAGUGCCCCUGAUCUGCUCUCCAGGCGACUGCGCAUGUCCCGGGAUCAGUUUGCGCGGUUCAUAGGAACCUUCCUGGAUGCUGUCGAGUCGGUGGUGGUUCUGGAUGGGGCAACUGUGUCGCGCCUCUCCUCACACUUCUACGUUGCUGCCAUUGGCCUUUCGAUAGUGGUGGUGGAUGGGGCAGCGCUGUCUCGCCUCUCCUCGCACCUCUCCGUCAGCACGGCUUUUGAGACGUCUCAAAAUGGGGCAGCGCUGUCUCGCCUCUCCUCGCACCUCUAUGGGGCAGCGCUGUCUCGCCUCUCCUCGCACCUCUAUGGGGCAGCGCUGUCUCGCCUCUCCUCGCACCUCUACGUCAGCACGGAGGGCUGCAGCCCGCGCGAGAGUGUUUCAAGACUGCCCUUUCUUCACUUCACUUGUCGACUCUUCUGUGAUGGUGGUGACAAUGAUGGGCGCUUGCUGGAGUGGGCAGUGGGGGCGGAUUUCAACGUGACAGUAGGGAGGGGCGACAGUGUGCAGUUUGUGUGGGCUGACGACUACCCUCACUCCGUUAAAGUGCGUGGGCUGGGCAGCAGUGCGCACGACAGUCUCUUCAAGGGCUAUGGCGCCAACCGCAUGGUGCUAUCGAGGCACAGCCGGUGCGCGCCUGACAACGUGGGCACCAUGCCGCUUGACGGCCCGCCGCACCCGUGUGCUCUCUAUGGCCCCUCGGAUGCUCCUGCGUUCACCUACACGGCUGUCUUCACACAAACUGGCUCCUACAAAGUGGAGUGCGGGCGGUUUGGGGCCGAUAUGACUGCGACAAUACAUGUUGUGGAUGAUAGCGAGGAUGACUCUACUUUCCUCCUCGACCCGUUCUUUGAUGCAAACACUACCACCAACCCCGGAACCCCGCUUCUCUCCCCGCUCACCUCCUCCUGCUACCCCGGCUGUUCCUUCGGCAACCUAGCCGACGGUCGCUGCGACCCCCUCUGCAACAACCACCACUGCGCCUUCGACGGGGGCGACUGCGAGUGCGCCACUCUAGCUGGCAGCGGGGGGGGAGUGGGGGGGGAGUGUCCGUGCCCUGCAGGGCAGACCAGGUCGGAGGCAGGCUCGUGCUGUCCCACCGAUGCUGUGGGUACGAACCUGCUGUUCCCAUUCCAGCUGCGCUCGUUCGGGCCGGACGCGCAUGCGAGCAACACACAGUUCUCAGAGCUUUAUGAGAAGCCGCUGCACCGACACGUGACUGAGAGGAACAGGUUGCUAGUGGGCCUUUAUGUGCUACAGACCCGCUGGGGCUCCCGCGAGUGCCAAUCCAAGAAGUUCGCAAGCAUCUGGCCGCACUGCCUGACAAACGCCACCAGCCUCACGUCCUUCGGCAUCAACCCGCGCUUCCUCUCCACCUCCGACCUCUACGACCCCAUCGUGGCCGCCGCCAAUCAGACGGGCCUUGAGAACUCCACCCUCAGCGCUGCUCCUCUCUUCAACGACCAAGGGCUCCCUUAUGGCUUCGUUCCCCCCAUGGACGGGCUUGAGUCCUAUCCGCUGAUAUUCGACAUCAAUCUGCACCGAGUGGCGGCCACCAAGCGACUGCAGUACCUGGUGGACGGAUUCUAUUUCGACAACCUCACCAAGUCCAUUGAGUUUGCGCUCAUCACUUAUAACGCGGAUGUCAACAUGUUUGUCCUCUCCAAGAUCCACAUAGAGGUGGACGUUGGGGGCAAGCUGGGUUACUCCUACCGGCUGGUGCCAAUCCCAGUGGAGCCCUACUCGUCCGCGUCCUCCUACGCUCAGAUGGUCCUCGAGAUCAUCUACGUGGUGUGUGUCGCAUACAACCUGCUGGAGGAGGUCAACGAGAUGUUCCAAACUUAUCGCCACUCGGGCAGCUUCCUCCAUCAUUUUCGCCAGUUUGGCAACUGGAUUGACCUGCUCUCGCUCUCCAUUCAAGUCUGGGGUAUUGUUGUCUGGAUCAUCAUGGUGCAGCAGCUCUCGCCUCUCUCCGACAUCAGCGUGCGCUACAACGUGUACACAUCCCUCGACGACACGACAUCGCAAUUCUGGGCGGUCAACACAACGAAUGGCGGCUUUGAGAGGGCGAUGCAGGUGUAUCGCACCAUGGAUGACAGCAUUCAGCUGCGCUCCUUCUACUUUGCUAUCCAAGGAAUCAAUGUGUUCCUAAUGGUGCAGCGCCUGCUCAAGCUGAUGGACUUCCAACCCCGCAUCGGCAUAAUCACGCGCACCAUGGCAGCAGCGCUGCCGGCCAUCCUGCACUUCUUCCUCGUCUUCGGAAUCAUCUUCCUCGGAUUCUCCUUCUAUGGCUACCUCGUCUUCGGCCGAACGCUCGCGCAGUUCCGCACCAUCCCCAACGCCAUGCUCUCCUGCUUCUUCAUGCUCAUUCAAGACAACUCCACCGCGUAUUACUACGCGAUGCUGGAGGGUUGGGAGCGGUUGGCGGCGUUUGUCUUCUGGCUGUCGUUUAUUGUCAUCAUGGUGUUUAUUCUGAUGAAUGUCGUGAUUGCUAUAGUGGUCGAUGCGUUCAUGGAUGUUAAGGAGGCGGCUCAGGAGGAGACGGCACUGCCGAUUGAUAUCUGGAUUCUGCUGCGGAACCUCUGGCAGCGGAUAUGCACGCCGUACUGGAGUCUGAGGAAGCUGAGGCACCACCUGCUGUUCCUGGGAACGCACGAGAAGACCCGAGAGGAGGAGGAGGCACUAGCAACGCAGCGCAAGUCAGCACUCGCAGAGGUGGCGGGGAUGGUGCGAAAGGGGUGCUUCAUGUCCAAGCAGGAGCGUGAGACACUGCGGCGGAUCCACCAGACAAAGAGGGUGGUGGACGUGGGAAUUGACAAGAUGGACAUAAUGUCUCUUUACGCUCUUAUGAACCGCACCUACGAACGCAAGACAAAGAGGGUGGUGGACGUGGGAAUUGACAAGAUGGACAUAAUGUCUCUUUACGCUCUUAUGAACCGCACCUACGAACGCAAGAACGCAAGGUCGGUCGACCCGGUCACCAUAGCCGAAUCAGUCAUGGGGCAGUUCGGGGAGGACGUGGAGGUAGCACUCUUAGGAGAGAAGCCCAAGAAGGGCAAGAGUGGGGAGAUGUCUCACAUCAAGCGGUCUCUACAGAGGCUGGAGGGAGAUGCGUUGCACCCAGGCACCAACUCAAUCCCAAUACACCUCUUCCCCCUCUCCUCCUCUCCCCCCUCUCCUCUCCUCCCUCUCUCCUCCCCUCUCCCAUUCUUCCCCUCUCCCCCCGCAGAUGGCCCCUAUGAGUCCCACCAAGGCAAGCCAGUCUCAUCAAGCCAACCGUCUAACAAACCCAUUCUCCUGACAACUUGUCCGUUUCCUCCCUCCCUCCUCUCCCCUCCUCCUCCACAGAUGGCCUCGAUGAGUCCCACCAAGGCAGCCAGCAAGGCCCAUCAGGUCGACCCGGUAACCAUAGCCGAAUCAGUGAUGGGGCAAUUCGGGGAGGACGUGGAGGUUGCACUCCUAGGAGAAAAGCCCAAGAAGGGCAAGAGUGGGGAAAUGUCUCACAUCAAACGAUCCCUACAGCGAUUAGAGGAGAAUGCGGAUGAGACUGCAUACGUGCUGCUGCAGGUGCAAGAGUCGUUGGAGAAAAUGAGGCAGGAGCAGGAGGAGAUGCAGCAGCAGCAGCAGCUGAUGCUGCUAAGAGGGUCUGGGAAGGAGAGGCGGCCAGAGUUGGGGUUGGCGAGGGGGGACCGGCAGUGGAGUAGGGUCAGGAGGCGGUUUGAGGAUGAUGAUGAUGGUGAUGAUGAUGAUGCUGAUGUUUCUGCUGCUGCUGCUUUGCGCGGGCAUGGGGCAGCAUCGGGCAGAAUGGGAGGGGAGUUUGGGAAUCCGGGCAGUUCUGGAAACCCAGGUAGGCAGAGGCGGGCCCGAACGGCCCAUAUGAAGUCCUUUGGAGGAGAUGAGCCAAGUAUUCUUGAUGCUGUGGCUAAGCUUGGUGGGGGGUUGGGGCGGAUGGGCGGCGAGGAUGUGGGGAACACGAGCGGGCGGCACCGGCCGGCUAGUUUCAGCAGCAUGCCGAGAGGGGCGGCGGAGGAUAUGGGCAUGAGAAGGAAAAUGGUGGAUUUCCCUUCUAUGGGAGGAGGGAUUGGUGGGGGUUGGGGAAUGGGUGGUGAGGAUGUGGGGAAUAUCAGCGGGCGGCGAAAAUCGUUAGAGUAUGGGUCAAUGAGACGAGGAAUGCCGGGCGGCGGUAUGGCCGGAGCGGGAAUGGCGUCUCCUUACCGGGGCGGCGGGUUCUUAGGCUCGGGAACGGCUGGGUUUGCUCAGCCUCGGUCGAUAAUGCCAGAUGGUGGGUUUGGAAACCGCAAGUUCGGGGAAGGCAUGGGGGCGGGAAGUAGGAGGAUGGUGGGAGGGGAGAAGCAAGGGAGUAGGGCUUCGGCCUUGCUGGCAGAGCUUCAGGCUGCCCGGGCGGCGGGAGGGGCGGGGAGUUGGACAAGGAUUCAUGAAGGGGAGGUGAAGAGAGUGCAGGUGGAGUACGCGAUGGAGGCCAUCAGCCACGCAGGGUCCGCCAUAGGCAUUCUGGCGACGGACGGCGUGGUGCUGGCAGCGGAGAAGCGCAUCACGUCGAAGCUGCUCCACACCCCUUCCCACCCCUUCCCGCCGCUUCCCACCCACCAGGUGGAGUAUGCAAUGGAGGCCAUCAGCCAUGCGGGGUCGGCCAUAGGCAUUCUGGCGACGGACGGCGUGGUGCUGGCAGCGGAGAAGCGCAUCACGUCGAAGCUGCUGGAGAGCAGCAAGACGAACGAGAAGAUGUAUCGAAUUGAUGACCACGUCGCUGCUGCUGUUGCUGGGAUCACCGCCGACGCCAAUAUCCUCGUCAAUUCCGCUCGGCUGGCCGCCCAGCGCUACACAUACGCCUAUCAGGAGCCUAUUCCCAUGGAGCAGCUGGUGCAGUCCCUGUGCGACACCAAGCAGGGCUACACGCAGUUUGGUGGUCUGCGUCCGUUUGGCGUCUCCUUCCUCUUUGCAGGGUGGGACAAGCAUCAUCAGUUCCAGCUGUACCACUCAGAUCCCUCAGGGAACUAUGGCGGGUGGCGGGCGUGUGCCAUAGGAGCCAAUCACGGUGCAGCACAGUCGCUGCUGAAGCAAGAGUACAAGGAGGAGAAGGGGCCGGGAGGGGAGGCGAUUCCAGGGAUGGACCUGGAAGGAGCAGUGCAGCUGGCGCUGAAGGUGCUGAGUAAGACCAUGGACAGCACGAGCCUGAGUGCAGAGAAGAUUGAACUGGCUAAAGUGUGCCUCGAGGAUGGCCAAGUCAGGUACCGUGUGUUUGGGGCAAAGGAGAUUGAUGAGUUGCUUCUGAAGUAUGAAAUGGCUCAACCCAAGGAGGAGGAGAGAUGA